UGGGAAACCAGAGCGGAGUCCGGACUGCCCAGGUGGAGCCGGGGCUGAGCCAGAGCGGAGCCGCAGGCGCACGGGCCCCGCACCGCACCGUUCCGCGAGGGGAAGGGCGGCCAGCAGCCCCGCACCCGCCCAGGACCCACUUGCCGCCGCCGCCACCUCCGCAGCACCCAUGGGGACCAGGAGACUUUAAAGGAGUUUGGGGUUUCGGGAGCAGGGAAAUCACUGGUACGGAGAGGCGACUCUUCUUUGCCUUGGAAACGUUUUUUCUUCGUCCGAUUGUUUGGACCCUGAGCCGGGUCCCCGCUCCUGGCCCUCGCCUCGCCGCGUCAUUGAUGGGCAACCAACUGGACCGCAUCACCCACCUCAACUACAGCGAGUUGCCCACAGGGGACCCAUCGGGAAUCGAAAAGGACGAGCUGCGGGUCGGGGUCGCCUACUUCUUCUCGGAUGAGGAGGAGGACUUGGACGAACGCGGCCAGCCCGACAAGUUUGGCGUGAAGGCCCCCCCGGGCUGCACUCCCUGCCCAGAAAGCCCGACCCGCCGCCACCACCACCACCUGCUGCACCAGCUGGUCCUCAACGAGACUCAGUUUUCCGCCUUUCGAGGCCAGGAAUGCAUCUUUUCCAAAGUGAGCGGCGGCCCUCAGGGCGCCGACCUGAGCGUCUGCGCGGUUACCGCGCUGCCUGCGCUCUGCGAGCCCGGCGACCUGCUGGAGCUGCUGUGGCUGCAUCCGGCGCCCGAGCCUCCCGCGCCCGCCCCGCACUGGGCGGUCUACGUGGGCGGCGGGCAGGUCAUCCACCUGCACCAGGGCGAGAUCCGCCAGGACAGCCUGUACGAGGCGGGCGCGGCCAACGUGGGCCGCGUGGUGAAUAGCUGGUACCGCUACCGCCCGCUGCUGGCCGAGCUGGUGGUGCAGAACGCCUGCGGCCACCUGGGUCUCAAGAGCGAGGAGAUCUGCUGGACGAACUCGGAGAGCUUCGCCGCCUGGUGCCGCUUUGGCAAGCGGGAGUUCAAGGCCGGAGGGGAGGUGCCGGCCGGCACGCAGCCCCCGCAGCAGCAGUACUAUCUCAAGGUGCACCUGGGUGAGAAUAAGGUGCACACCGCCAGGUUUCACAGCCUGGAAGACCUCAUACGGGAGAAGCGCCGCAUCGACGCCAGCGGCCGCCUGCGCGUGCUCCAGGAGCUCGCCGACCUCGUGGAGGACAAGGAGUAGCCGCUGGGGCCGCCUGCCGCUCCUGUCGCCCCGAGCCCCGCUCCUUCCCGCACCCGGGCUUCCCGGCCUGCGAUUCACGACCCUGCCCCCCUUCGCGCGUCCGCGGGCGGCGGCCAGUGCCCAGGCUGCACCCUCGCACCCCUCCGGCAAGUGACAGGGAGUCUCAGGAACUGGCCCCAGGACUGAAAGGGCGUCUGUGCUCGCCUGGCCGAGCCCCCAGAAUGAUGGUGAUGGCGUUGGGAAACCCUGCGUGCGCUUUCCCUCCGGGUUGUAAGGGGAGAAGGGAGAAUGAGCCGAGGGGAGCCGGUCACGGUCAGGGACCAUCACCGCCCCAAACGCGCAAGCACAGGCCGGUCGGAGGUGAGAAAUGAUCUUUUCAGGGCACAGUUCAGCUCCUGUAUGGAUGUGUCCCCAGAGAGCAGGAUUUCCAAGAAAUCGCGCGAGUCCCUUAGGCACUUGAGACCAAUUCCACGAAAGAGCACUUCGGGACACGGGUUAUUCCGAGGCUUCCCGGGACUUGCCCCGCUCUCCAGCCCCAGGUCUCCUGACACUGUAUUCCGGGCUCCGGGCAAAGCUAGACAGCGUUUGCUUCCCGUUCUUCCCACCGAGGGAAGCGAACGCCACCCCCACCCCACUGGCCUGUGAGCCUCCCUCGCUGGCAGAAGGGAAGCCUUCCGGGUCCGGGAGGGAAAUGGCGCAGUUAAUUUGGGGAAGAGGGCCGUCCCGCCCCACCCCGGCGCGGGGAAGGUCCACCGGGCGUCUGUGAACUUGAAUGUGUGGAGAAGGUCGCUUGUUGUUCUUAACCCUAGACUGCUCCCUCCUUGGGCUGCAUUUCAAAAAUAAUCAUGUUUUUAAAGGGGUUGGAGGAGAGGGAGGCGGAAGACAUGGCACCAUUCCAGAAACCAGCAUUGUUACAACACCAUAGCCAGUAUAUUUAGUUUGGCUUUUCCUAACAUAGAAAUCUCAGAAGGUGGGGAAGUGGAAAUAAAGUUUUUAAAAUGAGAGAGCAGUUUUCCAACUAUGUCAACAAAGCCUAUCGUGUUGAUGUUUUUAUUGACCAUUUUAGCAACAUGCUAAUAAAAUUUCAAAUUGAAAUUUUUAUUUUCAUGGCUUUAAUCCAUGACAGUUAAAUAUUGGGGGCCAUUAAGAGUGGAUUUAGCUAAGAGCUUAGCUAACAUUGCCUUUUCACUCUAUUUUUCUCAAGUAUUAUGAGAAUUCUGUUUUUGAAUAUUGUAGUUAAUGUUUUGGCUUGAAACAGCAUCCGAGUAAUGGUGAAGUUGUUAAUGUGUACAUUGUACUGAAUUUCUGUCAGUUAAGGGGUUUACUUCUUUGAUGGAAAGUGCUAGCAGGUUCCAUGAUGUUUCUUUUCUCCAUGUUGUAUACCCAUUACCAUUCCACAUCUGCAUUUAUAUUUCUUCCUCUCCCCUUGAUCUCCCUAAAAAAGGAAUCUAGAGUUAGUAGCUUUCUCCCCUCCUCUUUAGUCAGUCCAACAAUUAAUUUUGGAAAACCAGAAAGGACUUGUAGGAUCAGGACAAAUAUGUGCUUUUCAAAAAAUUAAGGCUGUUUGAAAUCCCUUUCUCUGGCAAGGAUUACCAACUUCUCUCCCUCUGCUGCAGCCCCAGCCUGACUGUUCCUCGAUUCAGUGUGCGUUAGACACCUACAGCAUCUACGUCGCUUUCAAGGGAAUCUGUCAAAUAGUGGUGUUUAGCUAAUUGUUGCAAGCCAUUGCAUAUUGACAGCUGUGAUUUAGGUGGACAGCAAAUAUUAUGGCCAAAGCCAGUUUCUUGGCAUUUAAAAAAUAAUGCAAUAAAAACUAGUCGAGGUUAGCUGAGACUGGAAAUGCCUUUUUCAUGGUGAAAUGGUUCACUUCUGUUUUGCUUUUUAGAUUUUUCAUCCUGGAUUUGUUCCCUGAUCUUGAAUCAAAAGGUCAGAUCAAUGAAAUAUGAACUAGAGUAUUUUUCAUAAGCCUAAUGAGUGAUUUAUUUUUAAACAAUGUUUAAAUGCUUAUGCUUUUCUUUCAGCACAUACAGCAGCAAAACUUUUGUAAUAACUAACUUACCUUUGCAUGCAUGGAGAACUGAAAAUCAUUUAUUUCCCUAACUUACUCCUCUUUCAAAUAACAGAUGGCAGAUCAUAAACUGAAAUCCUUAUUGUAUCUACACAUUCCACAUUCUUUACCGUGUCCUAUAUUGUAUCUUGGCUCUCUGCUGGAUUAAAUACCAUCUUAAGCA